AUGCAGGCCAUAAAGUGUGUCGUGGUUGGGGACGGGUAAGUUUAUGAACGUUUACUAAGUUUAAAUACAUGAUGUAACAUUAGCUAAGUAGCUAUCUAUCUUUGGUGUGGAUGUCAAUAAAUAAAUUAUAUAGCUUGCUAGCGAAUGUGUUAACUUGUUAGUAGCUAGUUAGCUAGGUGAAAAGUUAGCUAAAGGUAACUAACUACCAAAUUAACAAAUUCAGCAAUGACAAUACAACAUUAGGCAAGCAAAUACAUGGUUAUUCUCACAAUUGUUAUUUGUGCAAAUCAGCUGGUUCCCUAAUUUGUUGUGCAUGCCUCAUUGUUUGGAUUUAUCAUCAAUGGGACUAAAUUAAGUGGGUGUGCUAACUUUAUAAAUCAAAUCACUGACACUUCUCUGCCAUAGUUGUGUACAUUCAGAUGCUGAAACAUGUCUAUUCUAGCCAAGUAUCUCAACUCCUCCACGCUACCAAUUAUUAUUUUAUGUUUUUUACAAAUCGAUACUUGAAGUCAAUUAUAAAUUAUAUUGCGAUAUGUAACUAUCGAUUUUUCCCCCAUCACUAGUUGCUAUGCGUCGAUACUUUCAUUUGUUAAAUUAUUAAACCCUUACCGUUUACCUGUGUUUGUCCUCUUUUGUUGCAGGCCUUUCUUUGUUUGCUGAAAUCAUACUUUUUAUAAAACGUUAAUCAAAUACAGUCGUGGUCAAAAGUUUGGAGAAUGACACAAGUAUUGGUCUUCACAAAGUUUGCUGCUUCAGUGUUUUUAGAUAUUUUUGUCAGAUGUUACUAUGGUAUACUGAAGUAUAAUUACAAGCAUUCCAUAAGUGUCAAAGGCUUUUAUUGACAAUUACAUUAAGUUUAUGCAAAGAGUCAAUAUUUGCAGUGUUGACCCUUCUUUUUCAAGACCUCUGCAAUCCGCCCUGGCAUGCUGUCAAUUAACUUCUGGGCCACAUCCUGACUGAUGGCAGCCCAUUCUUGCAUUAUCAAUGCUUGGAGUUUGUCAGAAUUUGUGGGUUUUUGUUUGUCCACCCGCCUCUUGAGGAUUAACCACAAGUUCUCAAUGGGAUUAAGGUCUGGGGAGUUUCCUGGCCAUGGACCCAACAUUUUGAUGUUUUGUUCCCAGAGCCACUUAGUUAUCACUUUUGCCUUAUGGCAAGGUGCUCCAUCAUGCUGGAAAAGGCAUUGUUCGUCAUCAAACUAUUCUUGGAUGGUUGGGAGAAGUUGCUCUCGGAGGAUGUGUUGGUACCAUUCUUUAUUCAUGGCUGUGUUCUUAGGCAAAAUUGUGAGUGAGCCCACUCCCUUGGCUGAGAAGCAACCCCACACAUGAAUGGUCUCAGGAUGGUUUACUGUUGGCAUGACACAGGACUGAUGGUAGUGCUCACCGUGUCUUCUCCGGACAAGCUUUUUUCCGGAUGCCCCAAACAAUCUGAAAGGGGAUUCAUCAGAGAAAAUGACUUUGCCCCAGUCCUCAGCAGUCCAAUCCCUGUACCUUUUGCAGAAUAUCAGUCUGUCCCGGAUGUUUUUCCUGGAGAGAAGUGGCUUCCUCGCUGCCCUUCUUGACACCAGGCCAUCCUCCAAAAGUCUUCGCCUCACUGUGCGUGCAGAUGCACUCACACCUGCCUGCUGCCAUUCCUGAGCAAGCUCUGCACUGGUGGUGCCCCGAUCCCGCAGCUGAAUCAACUUUAGGAGACGGUCCUGGCACUUGCUGGACUUUCUUGGGUGCCCUGAAGCCUUCUUCACAACAGUUGAACCUCUCUCCUUGAAGUUCUUGAUGAUCCAAUAAAUGGUUGAUUUAGGAGCAAUCUUGCUAGCAGCAAUAUCCUUGCCUGUGAAGCCCUUUUUGUGCAAAGCAAUGAUGACGGCACGUGUUUCCUUGCAGGUAACCAUGGUUAAGAGGAAGAACAAUUAUUUCAAGCACCACCCUCCUUUUAAAGCUUCCAGUCUGUUAUUCUAACUCAAUCAGCAUGACAGAGUGAUCUCCAGCCUUGUCCUCGUCAACACUCUCACCUGUGUUAACGAGAGAAUCACUGACAUGAUGUCAGCUGGUCCUUUUGUGGCAGGGCUGAAAUGCAUUUCAAAAACUCUAGUCUGCGUUCAACUCCGUGGAUGAGUUGAGGUACUUGGCAAGCUGUAUUUCAAGCUUUUAUAUAUUUUUUGUCAAAAACCUUGUCUCCAUUUUAUUUCUGUCAUCGUUUACUUGGUCAUUUCAUUGAAUCUAAAUUGUGAAAACAGUUAACCGGUAUUCAUCAUCAUUGCCAGCAAGCUAAUGUUUCCGUAGAAAAAUUUCCCAGGUGUGAAGUAAAGAGAAGGAAAGGGGAUACCUAGUCAGUUGCGCAACUGAAUGCAUUCAACUAUCCCAGAACAUGACCGGUGGACUGACUCACUCUAUAUACAAAUAUUAAUGUCUAGAUCAUAGGGAGUAUUUAAUCUAGACUGAAUAACUCCUUGAUGUUUGCAGUUCCCAACUAAGUUAAAUGGCCUCCGGUCAAACAUUUAGGUGUGAGCAUGGUAAUAAGACAUGUUGACUCACUGCACUUCACCGACCUCUGUUUGCCAACCAGGUAGAUACAAAGCCUUUGCUAGUGGUUGGUAGGUAGGUAUUACCCAACAAUUAAGUAACAAACAUAUUUCAGUUACCCUAGUGGUGCUUGGUCAAACCUGUUCCUCACCUGGCUGGUAGUUAGCCACUCAAAUAACUGUGCACUUUUGGAUGACCGUAUCAGAAAAAAAACUCCAGACAGGCCCAAGUAGUGGUUUUGUUUUUCCUGGUCAGGUCAUGUAGUCAAAGAAGGACUUCUGGUCCUAAAUUAUGUGGUGGGAGGGUGCUCUUAUCUACAUAUAGCAUCCGAUCUGUUUGGGCACUCCACUCAUAAUGUGUAGGAGGGAGGGAGGGUGUACACUACAGAGUAUGCAUCCUCUGGUCUGGGUGUGGUGGAUAUUGCAGGCAGCAGGAGAAAUUAAAGCCCACACGUCAUAGAUGGAACCACGGCUGAACUGUUCUAUUCUUUGAUUUAAGGAGGUAAUAUAACUGUUCACUCCCAUUCGUCGGCUAUCUUUUGAAAUAGUGACUAGGCCACAUUUCAAAGAGUUACGGACAUGAGUUGGUUUUACUGAACCUCGGAUCAUAAAAGAAAGCAGAUGAUCCUCUGAAAUGUGUGAUUGUCAAUGUAUUAAUGUGUAGAGGAUGGCAUUGCAUGGCUUCAGACACAGGACUGAUGGUAGCAUGAAUCUCAAUCUUAUUCAAUUGAACCAAGUCUCUGAGUUCCUGGCUGCAGGGCAUACAAUCAUUCAAGGUAGCUUUUGAAGUGUGUGUUGUCCAUCCACCCAGAGUCAAGUUUGGUAGGGACCUCAAUGCUCUCUAUAAUAGACCAUAGCCAUGUCUUUAGCUUGGUUCUUUCAGAGGAUUGACAUCAUGCUAUAAAAUUGGCAUAUGGCAUACAACAUUUACAUUUUAGCAGACGCUCUUAUCCAGAGCGACUUACAGGAGCAAUUAGGGUUAAGUGCCUUGCUCAAGGGCACAUUGACAGAUUUUUCACCUAGUCGGCUCAGGGAUUAGAACCAGCGACCUUUCGGUUACUGCCACAACGCUCUUAACCACUAAGCUACCUGCCACCCCUACAAGCCUAUGAUUUGUUCCAUAACAUUGACAUGUGCUGUUAUCUUCUCCUCUUCCAGAGCUGUGGGUAAGACAUGUCUGCUGAUCAGCUACACGACCAAUGCCUUCCCUGGAGAGUACAUUCCCACAGUGUGAGUACCUCUACAGCCCCCAGCGGGGAGGCAUGGCCUGGGAACCCCCUGGAGCCAGACACCCCCAGCACCACACCUCUCUACUUCUCUCCAUGUCUGUCUCCACAACCAUUAUUCGGGCUAGGCAGGGUGGGCAUCUCUACAUUGCUGUCUUUUGCCCCCCACCUAAACCUACAAAUCGGAUUUGGUGACAAAAUGUUUGUUGGCAGCUGGGGAUGCUAAUCAUGCUAACCUGAGGGCCUUAGCAUCACACCGGUAGCGUUUGCCAGCCAAGAGUACUUAGCAUCUCUGAACAGAGUGCCAGACGGAAAUGUUGGCAGUCAGACGUCCACCGGCGGGGUGGUCCCUAAAACACACCGGUCCGAACAAACGGCAGAUCAACAUUCGGUUGGGUGUGUGCACUCCCUUCGGGGGAAGAAAUACCUGUGGAAAACAAAUCACCAUAAGGGUUUUUAGGUCUUAUCUGACCUCAGACCUGGAACUAACUUGUUAUGUUGAUCUGUAUGUGUGACGUGAACUGGUUAUGCCACCUGAGUUUAGAUAAGUGACCAGGUUUUAUUAUUGAUGGUCACUGGUCAGAUUUACCAAUAGUUUUUCACCAGUUUGAACCAGUUGUUCUUAAGAGGAAAUACUGUAAAACAUUCAAAUGAAAAGGUUAAAGGGGAAAUCUGCAGUUGCUACAUCCAUUUUUGGACUUAUAAAUGAAUGAUAUAUAUACACAUUGAUUCUUGAAGAAUAUAACAGAUAAAUGCUCCAUGAGCUUAGUUUAACUGUUGUACCCCAUCAGAACCCAAAAUGUAAGCUUGUUUUACUCCAAAGUUUGAAAACAUUGUAAUUGUAAACCAACACUGUAUAGCAGGGGUAUUCAACUCUUACCCCACGAGGUUCGGUGCCUGCUGGUUUUCUGUUCUACCUGAUAAUUAAUUGCACCCACUUGGUGUCACAGGUCUAAAUCGGUCCCUAAUUAGAGGAGAACAAUAAAAAAAACGCAGUGGAAAGGGCUUUGAGGUCCAGAGUUGAGUUUGAGGGCUGUACAGCCUCAAAACAUGCUUUAAACUAUCUUUUUGAUAUCUUGGAUGAUCAGUCCUUGCAUCUAUAGCUCAGUCUUAUGACGCUUUGUUAUUGUUUCACUUGUUGAUUGUCCCUUUAAAUAAGGAUUAAGAGCUUAUGUAAUAAUAUCUAUACAUUUACUUCACAUUCUUCUAUUCCCUUGUAGAAAUAUGAUUUCUAGUUAGUCUGAUACAUACAGCUACGCUCUUUAGCUUUUCACAUCAAGUUGAAUAGGAUACACUUCUCUCUCCUUUGUUGUCUGAAGUUGAUUAUUAGCCUAUACCCACACAUAGCUGUUGACUGAUCCCUACAGGUUUGACAACUACUCUGCCAAUGUGAUGGUGGAUGGAAAACCAGUCAACCUGGGCCUGUGGGAUACAGCAGGACAGGAGGACUACGACAGACUCCGCCCCCUCUCCUACCCACAGACGGUAAGUUUGACAGACCAGACAUGCGUUGCCAUGGGAACAGCUGAAACUUCCUCAUUGUUUUGUUUGAAAUGAAGCCUUUGUGUACUUACGGGAAAGUCUGUCAAAAAUAGCCUAGUCCUCAUCUCUGUGGGGAAUAAUAAGGACAUUUUAGAUAUAAGGAAACGCACACCUUUGUAUGUAAGGAACACUGUGAUUACGGAAGUGAUUGUCACGGGCACUGACAGAUUAUUCCUUCUCUCUUUCUCUCCAGGAUGUGUUCCUUAUCUGUUUCUCCCUCGUGAGUCCUGCCUCGUUUGAAAACGUCCGUGCCAAGGUGGGUGCCCUGUUUGAAGCAACUCAUCAUAACUCCUCAUAGCUCUUACCAAGUCAAUACAAGGAGCUUGUCUACAACACAGCACAUGAUGUUCAGUUCAAACACAUUUAUAUUGUCUAGGACUAUUUUUCAGAGCUGCAUUUUGGAAAAUACAGUCCAUAUUGAUUCUUCAUAAGAUUGAUAAUAUAACCAGUAAAAAUCAGUUUCAUCUUUUGAAAAGUCAUGGAAACUGUAAUGACAAAUUUAAUGGGAACCCUGUGAAAGUGACGUUCCCGAUGUGGUCUCUCUUCAUAGUGGUACCCAGAGGUCAGGCACCACUGCCCCAACACGCCCAUCAUCCUAGUGGGCACCAAGCUGGAUCUGAGGGACGACAAGGACACCAUCGACAAGCUCAGAGAGAAGAAGCUCACCCCUAUCACCUACCCCCAAGGCCUGGCCAUGGCCAAAGAGAUCGGUACGUGUUCAGUGUUCAUCAGCGACAAUGAUGGAUGGAUGGACGGAAUGUGAAUGAAGUUGAAGGCAGGUUUAGGGAGUGUGUUUACUGUUAGGGACAAUUCAUGCUUUGAAUGCAGAUAACCUUCUUAACCAGGAGAAAGUGGUUGUACUCAUGCAUUACUGAGGAUGUAGUCAUGCUCUCUGAGUAAAGCUUUAGAAAGUGAUAUCUCAAAGGGAGUGAGUGAAGAGUAACUAGCUUCUCUCUCCUGCUUGGACAGCACACACACAUGCACACCAUUCAGAGCCAUGCAUUAGUAGUAACAGUCUCCUCAUUCUCUCUCCUGUCGCUCAGGUGCGGUGAAGUACCUGGAGUGCUCGGCCCUGACCCAGCGCGGCCUGAAGACUGUGUUUGACGAGGCCAUCCGGGCGGUCCUCUGCCCCCCGCCCGUCAAGAAGAGGAGGAGGAAGUGCUCCCUGCUCUAGAACCCUGCAGACAGGAAGUGUCGGGACGUGGGCACUCGCCUUGCGGGGAGACAGAAAACACAGACACAAAAGCAUUUUACUUCCGAUUCUUUCCUUCCUUUAUAUAUUCACUACUAGUACAGCACUGGGACAAACUGUUCCUUUGUUAAAAGAAACUGAACAUACAGAUGGGUUUUGAUGACAAUCCGAACCCAGUCCUUUUCUUUGCAUAGACACACACAUCACUGAAGUCUAAGAAAUUCCAGAGGCCUUCUAAAAAUGGAUUUAAACUUCUGAUGAUUAAAUGUUUUUGUAUUUCUUGCUCUUCCACUCGUAGUCCAUAUUGUUUGUUUACAGUCUUUAGAGGUUGUUUUAGGCGGAGCGUGAUGUUGCCAAACUGCAUACUGCAGAUAUUAGAAGCUGUACAGCAGACACUAAACGUGUUGCACAUUUUUUUGAUUUACAUCCUAACAGUACAGCUAAUAAUUUGGCAUGAUGCACUGCAGUUAAUGGUUACAUGGGUAAGAUGGCAUUCUAUUUGGGGGGGGGGGGGGGGGGGGGGGGCAUUCUGUAUAACAUUAUGUAAAUCCAGAACUUGCCAAGUUAAUAGCAUCACUAGUUUUAUUUUCAGGUCCAAAUACAAAUUAAUGUACCAUGAAUCUAAUUUUACUAAUAGUGAUCAACUUAGGCUCAGGACCAAGUUUGGGAAACGCUGGUCUAUGCCAACAGUGCUUUUUGUCGAUUGGAAAAAGCAUGAUCCUUCAGUAUUUAAUGGGGGAGCUGGCAUGCCUCGUUGCACGGUUGGAACUGUCAGUCAAUAAUGUUUUAUUCCCCCAACCCCUCCUGAUGUGUCCUCCCUCUACUGUCUGAACCGAAUCGUUGCCUGAGAAAUGCAAAGCUUGCAACUUUAUAUGAGAAGAUUGGAUGUGAGGACUGUUUUGGGUGUCGAGAUAUGCGAUAAAAGCACCUUUUAUAUUAGUCUUUGGGCAUUUAUCAGAACAUUCAUGCAGCGAUUUCUUCUGUGUAUUUUAUUUGUGAAUAGCCCAUUUUGAUUCACAGUAGCCACCACUACUUGGAAAGUGAAGUAACAAAGAGAGCAUUUAAAUGACUGAGGAAUGUUCUAACGGUAACAAAGCUACGGUCAGUAACGGCGUAGUGUUUGUAUAUACUCAUCUUUGGUUAUAAUCAUGUGAAUUCAAUUGGCUAUUUUGUAUCAUUAAUUUUUUCCACUGAAGUUAAUUUACACAUCACUCACUGUAUUUUUAAACUAACACUAUGAAUGCUAUAUUGUUUACCUCCUACAAAUAAACCUUUAAUUUUCCUACAAGUCUAGCCUUUUGUAAUUAAUGCAGAUAGCAUGAAAUGUGCAACAUAUACUGAAGCGUGAUUUAGGAUCGCUAUAUACAUUUUAUAUAUUUUUUUACAUCUUUCAACUACUAGAUCAGAAGUACAAGAUAUGACGUAACUGUUAUCCAGGCAUCAAGCUGCGCUCCAACUCAGAGCCAAUGUUGUGACCCUUCAGUUUUAUGGAUAAAGCGAUUUGUCAAUUUUUUGAGAGCCAAUAAAUUUGAAUUAAAC